GAGUUCAUCGUCGAGGAGGAGCGGACGCGCGUGCCUUCGGCGGGCUCGAGCAUCUCCUUCUUCAAGAACGGCGUCCCGCAAGGUGUGUGGGCCGAGGUGUACUACCCGGCCGCCUCGCUGUACAAGGCGGCCGUCGCAACCUUCAACUUUGGCCCCACCUUCGAGUUCCCGCCGCAGGGCCUGCAGGACGCGCGCCCGAUGAGUGAGCUUCCAGGCGAGCUGCUGCCCUGCUGCCCGGUGGCGACGGACGACGCGGACGAGGGGGGCGGCGGCGGCGGCGGCGGCGGCGGCAUGUUUGGCGACAUGGCGGGCUUGGUGGGCUCGCUCUCUUCGGCGGCGGGCGUGCCUGCCGAGGCAGGGGCGGCCGGGGCGGCCGGGGCGGCGGAAUCCGUCGAGGGGGAGGAGGCGGCGGAUGGGAGCGCGAGCGAGACGGCGGCGGAGGGCGUGAGCGAGGCCUCUGAGACGGCGUUUGGAGAUCUGACCGAGGAGUCCAUCACCAACGCGGAAUCCGUCACUGACGGCGAGCCCGGGGGGCCGGCGUCGGCGCUUGCAGGAGACGGUUCCGUUCUCCCGCCCGCCAAGCGGCAGCGGCAGGACGAGUCGCAUCUCGAGGCCACCGAUUCGGAGGAGGAGAGGGGGGGCCAGUGA